GCAGCGUGCCCCGCCAGACACCGCUGUGCUCACAUCCGGCCCCUCGGGAGCUCCUGCCCUGUUGCUAAUUGUGGAGAGCUGUCCAGAGUCCUUGUCCACGCGAUCCUGCCGUGCUCCCUCCUGCCCUGCUCCCUCCUGCCCUGCUCCCGGGGUGCUGUUCCUGCUCUGAUGCCAGCUCACAGCACAGCGCUGAGCAGCAGCCACCGUCAGAGAGAGUGAGGCCAAUGCUGGGCACAGAAUUAUAAAGUCACAGCCAAAGGCUCUGAAACCGCAAGUGAAGAAUCUGAGCUAACCCAAAAGCAGACCCGUCGUGUCUCCAGACAGGACCAAGCUCCAGCCGGAUGCCUGGGAAGCACAGAGCCUUCUGCCAGCUGGAGUUGGAGUGGAUGCUGAUGGAGUGACGCGAGCUCGGCACAGCAGCUGCUCCUGCCAGGCCUGGUGUGCUCCCAGUGCUCCUGCAGACACCUCCUAGCAUGGUCCCUGUGCCAGGCUGCUCCGCGGGUGCCAGCUGUGCCCGCCCGGCUCCAGGGACACCAGGCUGACCCCACACCCCUGGCACCGCACCCACCGAGCAGGAACCGUCUGGGUGCUUCUGGAGCAGCUGGUCGAUAGAUCUGCUCUUUGAAAGGCUUUGGACACCUCUUCCUCUGCCUGCAUGCUUACGAAGAGUCAGUGCUGGGCUUUAAAUGCAGCUCAGCCCAACUCAGCUGCUGUAUAUGAGUUUCCUCUGUGUUAAAGUUGGGCCAGAACCAGUUUCAAGGCAGCUGAAAGAAGGUAAAGACCCUGGAGCUUGCCCUUGCAUGUUAAUUCCACAGCCAGAGACAUGUGCUGCUGUUCUGGCCUUUGCUAAAGCGUCGCAUGAAACAUGAGGUCCUGUUCUGUGCUGGUCUGGGGCUCCAGGUUAAAUUAUCUUGUUACCUCAUUAAUAGCCCAUCUGGAAAUGUGCUUCCAGACAGCUCACUUCAGCUGAUGAUACCUCUGCAAGCAGUGUACCAGUCUUUUUCCUCACAGAGAUCUGGAAAACAGCUCACUUGGAGCUUCCACUCCCCUCCGUUUCCUCAAAGGCCAGAAUCUCUGGUCUCCUCUCUUCUUCUAGCCCUCUGCCCCAUAACAAACAUUUGGAUGGGUGAGUGUCACCCUGCUCUCCCUUUUCCACGUCCUGCCACUUGUGCUGCUCACACACUGCCUGUCGUCCUUGUGCCUUGUGCACCUGAAGACUUCUUGGCCCUGGCAGGUCUGACAGAGCUUCCUGAGUCACAGGACCAUGGCCCAGAUCACAGGGGGAGCUCUGUGGUAGAGCACAGGGACUGCAGGAGCCUCCCAACAUCCCAGCUGAGUGUGCCAACCACUGGCCCAUCCUUCCCGUUGUACCUGUGCCUCAGUCUGUCCUUGGAGGUGCCUUCCUGCCCCUCCCUGCCAGAACCUUUGCAAGGAAUUGGAACUUGCUGACACCUUCAUUUCCUUCCAAGACUGCAGCACUUGGCUGCCUUGGCAGGUGAGGGCAGGGAGAAAGAGCAGCACAACUUUAUUUCUUGUCCCCAGCUGUGUGCACAACAUCUGCUCAGCACAGAGUGUUCGGUUCACUUGCUCUUGCUGCACUUGAGCCCUAGAGCUCUCGUGGGGUCGGUGUUGGCAUCUUGGAUUUCAGCCUGUGCUGCGUCUGUCUGAGAACCGACCUCCCUUCCUCCAGCGUGUCGGGAUCUUUCCAGCAGCCCAUGCCGCAGCAUCCCCCCCGAGCUGCCCAUGCCACUGGCCUGGACCUAACCUAGGCUCAGUGUCGGCGUGGGCCGGGCAGGGGGCACCAUGGGCAGCUCUGCCUCAUCGCUGGCCGCGGAGACGGAGUCGGACCAUGGCUUCGGUAGCACCCCCUACCCGGGGCACCCGGCCGUGGGCUGGUAUAGGAGCAGCCACGGCAGCCCCGUGUGGGAGAGUGCCCUUAUAACGCGGCAGCAGCAGCACCUCCAGCACCGGGUGCGAAGCCACUCCCACUCUCCCGGCUCCAUGGCUGCCGUCCGUGAGUGGUCCUGCACCCGCUGCACCUUCCUGAACCCCGUGGGCCAGCGGCAGUGCUCCAUCUGCGAAGCCCCUCGGCAGAAACCCGACCUCAACCACAUCCUGCGGCUCAGCGUGGAGGAACAGAAAUGGGCCUGUGCCCGCUGCACCUUCAGGAACUUUCUGGGCAAGGAGACGUGCGAGGUGUGUGGCUUCACCCCGGAGCCAGGGCCCAGCGGCUCCCCCUUGCCCGUCAUCAACGGCAUCCUGCCCAAGCCCACUGUGCUCGUGGAGCCCAAGGGCACGUCCAAGGAGGAGGCUGCCAAGGCGGAAAGCAGCAGCGAGGACUCAGAGGGGAAGAGCCCCGACGAAGCGGAGCUGGAGAGCGGCUGGGCCUGCCAGCGCUGCACGCUGCACAACACGCCCGUGGCCAACUCCUGCUCCGCCUGUGGGGGCCCACGCAAGCUCUCCCUGCCCAAGAUCCCCCCAGAGGCGCUGGUCGUCCCUGAAGUCAUCACCCCGGCCGGGUUUCACAUGGCCCCCUCCACCCCACAGCCUUCGGUCUCUGCAGAGGUCUCUGAUGGUGACGCUGCAGCCACCCAGGGCCCCGUGGCUAUGGAGCAGGAGGCCCAGAAGGUACCAGCCUUCAGCCCCUUCUCCCCGGGGCUCCAGAACAACCCUGUGCCCCGAAGCCGGCGGGAGGUGCCCCCCCAGCUGCAGAUGCCGGGCCCCGAAGCCCCCCAGCCUGCGGCCCCGAGCGCCGCAGGGCAGAAGGGCUCUCCCCAGGGCCAGGCCAGGGCCGCCCCCGCCACCCGCUUCCCAGAGCUGCUGUCCAACAAGCGGCUGAGCGUGCUGGAGGAGGAGAUGGAGGUCAGCCCGUCCCACUGGAAGUGCAGCUCCUGCUCCCUGCUCAACUCCGCCGGGGCCGGCAAGUGCGAGGUUUGCAGCACCCAAAAAGGCAGCGACACCAUCAACGUGGUGGGCGACUCGGUGAGGUUCACCCCGUGCAGCCCCUCCAGCCCCGACUUCACCACCUGGUCCUGCUCCAAGUGCACCCUCAAGAACCCCACCCAGGCCCAGAAGUGCAAGGUGUGCGGCUCCUCCAAGCUGCACGGCUUCCAGGAGCACGGCCCGCCGGGCGAGCCGGCCCCGCGCUGCCCCGACUGCGGCGACAGGGGCGGCUGCUCCUGCGGCUCCAAGGCCCCGUCCGCACGCAAGGUCGCCCGGCUCUUCCCGGCCCCGCUGCCCGGCGGGCAGGACAGGCCGGGCCAGUGGGCCUGUCCCGCCUGCACCCUGCUCAACGAGGGCAAGGCCAAGCACUGUGGGGCCUGCCACACCCCCCAGCAGUACAUCACCCAGCGCAAGGGCCUCAAGCCCCUCAAGAGGAGGGAGAGCAUGCACGUGGAGAAGAGGCGCCAGACGGACGAGGGGGAGGCCAAAGCCCUGUGGGAAAACAUCGUGACCUUCUGCCGGGAGAACAAGGUGAAUUUUGUCGAUGACAGUUUCCCCCCUGGGCCCAAGUCCGUGGGGUUCCCGGAAGGUGACAGCGUGCAGCAGCGGGUCAAGCAGUGGCUGCGGCCCCACGAAAUCAACUGUAGCAUCUUCAAGGACCGGUCGGUGAAGUGGUCGGUGUUCCGGACGCCCAGGCCCUCGGACAUCCUGCAGGGCCUGCUGGGAAACUGCUGGUUCCUGAGCGCCCUGGCCGUGCUGGCCGAGCGGCCCGAGCUGGUGGAGAGGGUGAUGAUCACCAGGACUCUGUGCUCCGAGGGCGCCUACCAGGUGCGGCUGUGCAAGGACGGCACCUGGACCACGGUGCUGGUGGAUGACAUGCUGCCCUGCGACGAGUGCGGAUACCUGCUCUUCUCCCAGGCCCAGAGGAAGCAGCUGUGGGUCGCUCUCAUCGAGAAGGCGCUGGCCAAGCUGCACGGUUCGUACUUCGCCCUCCAGGCCGGGCGUGCCAUCGAGGGCCUGGCCACGCUCACGGGGGCCCCCUGCGAGAGCCUGAUGCUGCAGGUCAGCUCCACCAACCCUCGUGAGGAGCCCAUUGACACUGACCUCAUCUGGGCCAAAAUGCUGAGUUCUAAGGAGGCUGGGUUCCUCAUGGGCGCGUCCUGUGGAGGAGGGAACAUGAAGGUGGAUGACGUGGCCUACGAGAGCAUGGGGCUGCGGCCUCGGCACGCCUACUCCAUCCUGGACGUGAGGGACGUCCAGGGCUUCAGGUUACUGCGGCUCCGGAAUCCCUGGGGCCGCUUCUCCUGGAACGGCAGCUGGUCCGACGAGUGGCCGCACUGGCCGGCGCCCCUGCGCCACGACCUGAUGCCCCACGGCAGCAGCGAGGGCGUGUUCUGGAUGGAGUACAGCGACUUCAUCAAGUAUUUUGACUCCGUGGAUAUCUGCAAGCUCCAUUCAGACUGGCAUGAGGUGCGUGUGCAGGGCAUGUUCCCCAACAAGGCCAGCGGGCCGGUGACAGUGACGUCGCUGACAGUGUUGGAACGUGCAGCCCUGGAGUUUGCCCUCUUCCAGGAGGGCAGCAGGCGGUCAGACACGGUGGACAGCCACCUGCUGGAUCUGUGCAUCAUGGUUUUCCGGGCCACCUUCACCAGCGGGAACAAGCUGAGCCUGGGCCGGCUCAUGGCCCACAGCAAACGAGCGGUCAAGAAGUUCGUCAACUGCGACGUGAUGCUGGAGCCGGGCGAGUACGCCGUGGUGUGCUGUGCCUUCAACCACUGGAGCGCUGCCCUGGCCGGCCCUGCCACCCAGGCUUCCAGUCCCACCAGCAGCCGACCGGCCACCGAUUAUUCCAGCUACAUCCUGGCCAUCUACAGCUCCCGCCUGGUGAUGGUGGAGCAGGUGGAGGCACAGCCCACCACGCUGGCAGAUGCCAUCAUCCUGCUGACUGAGAACAAGGGCGAGCGCCACGAGGGCCGUGAAGGGAUGACCUGCUACUACCUGACACAUGGCUGGGCAGGGCUCAUCGUGGUGGUGGAGAACCGGCACCCCAAGUCCUACCUGCACGUCCAGUGCGACUGCACCGACAGCUUCAACGUGGUGUCCACACGCGGCAGCCUCAAGACACAGGACAGCGUCCCCCCCCUGCACAGGCAGGUGCUGGUGAUCCUGUCCCAGCUGGAGGGUAACGCCGGGUUCUCCAUCACGCACCGCCUGGCACACCGCAAAGCCACCCAGGCCUUCCUCAAUGACUGGAUGCUGACCAAGGGCACCCACAACCCGCACCUCACGCCCGAGGUGGCGGGGCUGCACGGACCCCGGCCCCUAUGACGAAGCGCCUCCCCCUCCCCACCCGGCUCCCCCAUCACUGUCCCCGAGCCCCUGGCCCGGGUGCCCCCCCGAGCCGGCAGUGCUGAGCCAGGGGUAGAGCUGGGGGGUCCCUCCCAGCACUUUGUCCCCCGAGCUCUCAGCGCCAGGACCAGCCCUGCCCGCUGCCCCCGCCCGGCCCCGCCGGCCCCCGCGCGCUUCAGGAGGAGCGCUGGGGGCACGGGGCCAUCUCAGGAUCCCCCUGCCCCGAACUUGCGCUGGGCCCGGUGCCCUCUGCCCACCCCGGGGGGCAGUGGGAGAGGGUGGGGCUGGAGGUUGCCGUCAAAGCCCUUCCCAGGCACCACGCUCAGGACUCUGCCCCUUCCUGCGGCGCCAGGGCGCUGGUGCUGCAAAAAGAAGAAUAUACCUCUGAUGUCUGUCCGUCUGUGUGACCCUCCGUGUGUCCCCGGGCCCUCCCGCUGUCUCGUUCCCCCAUGUCCCCUCCCAGGACCAACGUGGCACCAAGGAUGGGCCGGGGGGUGCCGGGGUCACCCUGCCGUGGUGCUGCCCAUGCCAGGGACCCACUGUGGUGCCCGGACUCCCCGUCCACCCCCACCUGUCCCGGCUGCCAGGCUUGGGAGGAAAGGGCACAGGGAUGUUCUAGAAAGCUACUCUGAGGGGUUUCACUGUAAUUGGGGUGAAACUCAGAGGGGCCCCCUCCGCUGUGGCUUUGGGUGGGAAGGGGUGAUGCUCAUGGGGGCUGUGGCAGCAGGGACCCUCCUGUACUGUCACACAAGUGUUACUAUGCAAAGGCGGCCGGUGGAAGCAGUGCCUGGAGAGAAGCCAUGGCCCGAGCUGGGCUCAGCCCCCUGGGCACUGCCCUGCAGGGGCAGCAGGUACAGACCUGGGGGCGAGGAGCAGGCCCCUGGUGUUGCCGUGUGCUGGGGAGGGGGGUGAUUCUGGGGGGGAAGUGGAGAGCCCCCUCCUUCAGAGGCCGAGUGAGCACAAGGUGAAGGCUGCGAGGGCCUCGGGGUGCUGCUGGUCCUGUGAGUGCUCCGGGCUGGGGGCUGAUCCUGGUGGGAGCUGCUCCCGUGCUUUCAGGGCACUGUGGCUCUCUGACUUGGCACGUGUGUGUGUGUGUGUGUGUGUGUGUGUGUGUGUGUGUUUUGGGGGUCCCCUGUGUACCCUCUCCUUCCCGAGCUGUGUGGACCUGCAGCUGGGGGGGGGGUGGGCAAUGCUGGACCCUCUUCUGGCAGGGACUGUGCUGGGGGGCACCCUGCACCCCAAACCCUGCACCAGCAGCUGGGCUGGGCAGGGAUGUGUGUGGGGCCCUGCCCAGCCUGUCCCUCUGUGUCCCCCACGGGGUGGGCUGCCCUGGCACCCUCCUGGCCCCCCCAAGCUGGGACUGCUGAGCCAAGCUCUGUCUGUAUUUUUGUUUGUCGAUCUGUUUUCUCUCUUUCCAGCUCCUUUCUCCUCGGGAUGAUUUGUCCUUCACUUUUUUUUCUCCUCUCUCUUUCUGUCUUUCUGAGCUGUGAAUAUUUUUAACCCUGUAAAUACUGUCCAGCUCUUCAGAAUCAUAGGAUAUUUUAUCAAUUGUAAAUCAGAUCAGUAAUCCCUGUAUGAUACGAAUUAUCCAUGGGUGGUUUUCAAACUCAGGUUCUGACGGACCAAAUAAAGUUUUGUUUUUUACUGAA